AUGGCGAGCGUAUGGGUCCAGGCCGGUAGUGCACUCGUCCAAAAAGACGAUGGAUGGGUCGCCAAUGAAGGCCAUGGCAAGGCUCAGACGACGCUUCAUGCCACCACUCAGCAAGGAACUGGCCACAUCUGUCUUGUCCUGCAGGUUGACCUCGCGCAGCGACGUGACGAUCGACGCCUCGAGCGUCUCGGCUGGUACACCCUUGAUCUUGCCAAACAGGCGAAGGUGCUCAGCGCAAGACAACUGCGCAUAGAGGAUGUUGUUCUGUGGGCAGAAGCCAAUGUGCUUGCGAAUGUAGUCCAUUUGAGUGCGUACGCUGCGCCCAUUGAUCCAUGCGUCGCCACUUGUUGGUGGCAUCAUACCGGUGAGAAUGCCCAUCGUUGUGGACUUGCCUGCACCGUUAUGUCCGAGCAGAGCAAAGAUUGUGCCGCUGGGGAUGCU